GAAAUUGCUAAAGCUUUAGACAAUGCAAAAGUAGACAGUAUUGAAAUUGCCCACGGUGAUGGAUUACAAGGCUCAAGUUUUAAUUAUGGUUUUGCUGCACAUACCGAUUUGGAAUGGAUUGAGGCCGCUGCCGAUGUUUUGACUCAUUCUCAAAUUGCGACACUGAUUUUACCGGGGAUCGGCACGAUUCACGAUCUCAAAGAUGCUUACAAUGCAGGUGCUCGAGUUGUCCGUGUGGCAACACAUUGUACCGAGGCUGAUAUUUCCAAACAGCACAUUGACUAUGCUCGUGAAUUGGGUAUGGAUACGGUUGGAUUCUUGAUGAUGAGCCAUUUGACCACACCGCAAGCUUUAGCGGAGCAAGGCAAACUAAUGGAAUCUUAUGGUGCUGAAUGUAUCUAUGUUGUCGAUUCUGGUGGUGCAAUGACCAUGCAGGAUAUCCGUGAUCGAUUCCGUGCUAUGAAAGCUGUAUUAAAGCCUGAAACGCAAACAGGUAUUCAUGCCCAUCAUAAUUUAAGUCUUGGUGUGGCAAAUUCAAUUGCUGCUGUUGAAGAGGGUUGUGACCGUAUUGAUGCAAGUCUUGCAGGUAUGGGUGCAGGCGCAGGCAAUGCGCCAUUAGAAGUAUUUAUUGCUGCGGCUGAGCGUCUCGGUUGGAAUCAUGGAGCUGACCUGUUUACGCUCAUGAAUGCUGCCGAUGAAUUGGUUCGCCCAUUGCAAGAUCGUCCAGUUCGUGUAGAUCGAGAAACUUUGGCUCUGGGCUAUGCAGGCGUGUAUUCGAGUUUCUUGAGACAUGCAGAAAUUGCCGCACAACGUUAUGGGUUGAGUACCGUUGAUAUUCUAGUCGAAUUGGGGCGCCGUCGUAUGGUGGGUGGUCAAGAGGACAUGAUUGUUGAUGUUGCUUUAGACCUAUUAAAACAGCAACAGGCAGGAUAA